GAUGGAAGACAAUUACCUGGAAUGAAUAUUAAUGAACAGGAUGGGCUGGCCAGACAGGAAGGGCUACUUGGACAAGAUUGGUUGAAUGGACAAGACGAGCGGGAUGGAGGGGAUGGAGGGGAUAGACUGGAUGUACAAGAUGGAUUGGCUGAGCCAGACAAAAAAGACGAGCUGGAAGGGAAAACUGAGCCAGACAAACAGGACAGACAGGACGGACAGGACAGACUGAAUGAACAAGAUGGGUUGGAUAGACAGGAUGGGUUAGAUGGAAAGGAUGGGCUCGAUGGACAUGACGGCGUGGACGGAAAAGGUGACACGGACAAAAAGAACAGGUUAGAAGGAAGCGGUGAGCAGGAGAAACAGGCCAGGCGAAGUGGACAGGACGGGUUGAACCAACAAGAUGGGUUGGAUGAACAGAAUGGGUUGGAUGGAAAGGAUGGGCUGGGCGGACGUGAUAGCCUGGAUGAAAAAGGUGAACCGGACAAACAAGAUGGGCUGGAUAGACAAGACCUCCAGACACUGCUAAUGCCCUGGAUGUGAACAAUGCAUAGAAAACUCUAGUUUCCACUCUGAGUCUUUGGUUGAAACAGCUUUACAACAUUUUGAGAAAAAUGAACAUAAUAAGUUUUUAUUAGUUAUAUUGGUGGAACUGGAUAGCAUAGUUAACGGUGACAAGUACCAUACUGAUUUUUGGGGUGUUCCCCUUGAUACUGGUUUGGAGAAUGCAAAGAAUUGCCCUCUUUCAUAUUACCAUACAGAAUUAAUACACCGUGGAUGGAUUAAUGAGACUUGUGUGGAAUGUAGAAGCAAAGCAUGGUGAUAGGAUAAUAAAUAUAUCAACAAUACUAUAAACAAAAUUACCCGUGGACUCUGGAGUUGAUUUUUAAAUAAAAUAACUCAUGAACUCAGGAGUUUAAUUUUUAGUAUGACCUUGUUCAAGUGGCGUGAAGUUCAAAAUGAUUUAGAUAAGUGUCAUAACGAUCAUGUCAAUGUUUAAUGCUCAGUCACGGAGUAGCGAAAUGAAAAUUAAUUAGAUUAACCUAUAAAUUUAAACUUAAUGGUCGCGAUACCGAUAAUGUAAGAAGCAUGAUAUUGAAAGGCAGAGAACUCUGAAUACAUAAAAUAAAUCAUUUUACAUGAUUCUACUA